AUGUCCUUCCACAGUGUCGAUCACUUUAAAGAGUUGAGUAGGGUUAUAUAUAGGGUAUUGAAAGGACGAACCACACUGAACCCGGAGGCCGAUGGAGAAUUUCUCCAUAAUUCAGAGCCAUCCAUAUAUGGAAUUGCAAUUAAAGUUCCGGAGAAGGCAUCUGUUGGAUCGAGCCGCGUAGAGGUUGAGGAAUAUCAAGCACAUUCACUUCAAAUGUUGAUCAUACCCACUCCCAUCUUGCCAACUAGUUGGGGCUAUGUAAAUUCGAUAUUCGGCCCUCCAUGGCAAUUAGAAACGCGCGCCGAGGAUACAAUAUCUUCAAAGGGAAAUCCAAUGCUUCGAUCUCCUGGUUGGUGGGUUUUUGGCCAGCUCUCUAGAUAUGCAAUUAAUAUUAUGUGUUGGGCGGGAUUCGGACACGGUAAAAAUCGACGCUCCAACAUCAUCAGAGCAUUCUAUCAUCUACAACAAGCUUGA